GGCCGGGCGGGCUCAGGCAGCGCGGGCGAGGGGUGCACCCCGGCCCCCGGCAGUCCCGGUCGCCAUGGGCAUCCAGGGCAUGGAGCUCUGCGCCAUGGCCGUGGUGGUGCUGCUGUUCAUCGCUGUCCUCAAGCAGUUCGGCAUCCUGGAACCCAUGUCCAUGGAAGACAGCAGUGACAGCGAGCUGGAACUGUCCACAGUGCGCCAUCAGCCAGAAGGCCUAGACCAGCUGCAGGCACAAACCAAGUUCACCAAGAAGGAGCUUCAGUCUCUCUACCGAGGCUUCAAGAAUGAGUGUCCCACAGGCCUGGUGGAUGAAGACACCUUCAAACUCAUUUACUCACAGUUCUUCCCUCAGGGAGAUGCCACCACCUACGCACACUUCCUCUUCAAUGCCUUUGAUGCUGAUGGGAACGGGGCCAUCCACUUCGAGGACUUCGUGGUUGGGCUCUCCAUCCUGCUUCGAGGAACAGUCCAUGAGAAACUCAAGUGGGCCUUCAACCUCUAUGACAUUAACAAGGAUGGCUACAUUACCAAAGAGGAGAUGCUGGCCAUCAUGAAGUCCAUCUACGACAUGAUGGGUCGCCACACAUACCCCAUCCUACGAGAAGAUGCCCCUCUGGAGCACGUGGAGAGGUUUUUCCAGAAAAUGGACCGGAACCAGGAUGGGGUUGUGACCAUUGAUGAGUUUCUGGAGACCUGUCAGAAGGAUGAAAAUAUCAUGAGCUCCAUGCAGCUGUUUGAAAAUGUCAUCUAGGACAUGUGGGAGAGGGACACUGGGUGAUGGCCAAUUGCCACUCCAGCCCCAAGAAACCUCAGCCUCCAUAGAAACAUUUUUCUAAUAUAUUUGCAAAAAAUGAGCAGUUCGCUCCCAACACACACACACACACACACACACACACACACACACUUCCUCUGGGCUGGCAGAGGGGUGGUGGAAGACAGGAGGGCAGAGCUGCCCCCAGGCCAGUCAGACAAAGCUGCCUCUGGGGGGAAGCCCAUCUGUCAGUUGCUGGAUGUGACCUAGAAUGAUGUGGCUCAAGAGCCCAGGAGGCAUGGCUUCCACUGCACAGGCCCCUCUUGUAGGAGAGUCCCUUCUCCUUUCCCCCAACACAGGGAACCAGUCCACUCCCUGCCCUCCAACCUAUGCCCUCAGAAAAGCUCAAUAGGGGCUCUAAUUAGGAGGAAGAGAUGGAGGCAGAGCCUCCUGCCCCCUGGAAGACCUGAGACCCAGUUGUUCCAUAAACCUAGAGUUUAAACCUAGAGUUAAACUGGGGACUGUGCCAGGCCCCACACUAUGGCAAGCAUGGGGGAUGAAGAGUUACCAGUCCAUCCUCACUCCAUCCCAGGACAAGGGUUGAGUGUCCUGGAGAAUCUGUGGGAAAUUGAAGUGAUAGUUUGCCAGCUCCAGUCCUGGCUGCAUGGAGGGCAGGGGUGGAGCUGCCCCCCUCUGCCAGCACCAGGCUAUCCUCCCUAGGUCUUGGGAGGAAGUCUUGUGGCUUAGGGACUGGCAGCCAGGAGGCCAUGCUGGGAGGGGCUUAAAAAGGGGCUUCCCUCUCCUCUUCGUUGCCACCUGUGUCCCUUAGCACAGUGACUUGGCCAAGCUCCCACCCUGAAGUUCUGUGAGCAUCCUCACUCCAACCUGUAUAAAAAGCACAAGCGCCCCAGAAGCUCAGGCCAUGCCCAGAAGGGGAACCAAGAAUUCGGCUUUACCAGAGCAAGACACUUCUGGCUGAGGCUUGGGUCCCGGCAGCCCUAAUACGGUGGCCUUGAGGAGGAAGCUUAGGGGACCUGUACCUCAGGGCAGUGGGGUCUUGAAGGCCAUUCCAGCCCAGUUCACCAACCUUCAAAAGCACAAACCAAGGCAUUCUACUGGGCUAGGGUCUGCCCAUGUCCACUCAGAACCAACAGUGAGGGCUGGGGGCCUGGAGCUGGGUGGCAGGUCAAGAGAACUCUGCAGAGGAGAGAGCUCCUACUCCCACCUGUCCUGGCCUUCCUGAGAAGGAGCCCUGUCCAGGCCCAGGCAGCACAGGCCUCCCCAGGAACAUUCCCACAUGAUACAUUCCAUCACACAGCCCAGUCUCCACUUAGGCCUGGUUCCAGGAGUCCUAGGGCAUCCACACAAGGCUGGCCCAACGAGAGCAGGAUCUUCAGAGGAAAGGCAGAAUGGCCAGGGCUGUGGGAGCUUUGUGACCCCCAUACAGGUGGGCCUCCCUACUCAGACUUGCACUGACACCCCAUCUUCAGUCUGACUAGGGGAUCCUUCUCCCCAGCUGUGGAGUGCCCCAGUUUUCUAUGCUUCAGGGUCUGAGGGAGAGUCUCAGGACCCCGCUCCCUCUCACCAUCCUCAGCUCAGACCUUACAGCAGGGGUUGCUGUGCUUGCAAAGGGCCAAGGCCAUGGGAGAAGACCACCACUUUUCCCCUGUCCCCCGCCCCCUUUGGUCUUGUGGCUACACAUUCAACAGGAGGGGGUCUGUCCCCCAUGCUGGGACACAGGCCAGCCGCAUGUCUGCAUGGCAGAAGUGUCUCCCAUGGACAUGGCCUGGGAGGGUGGUUCUUGUCUCAGUGCCCACCAAGUCUUCAGUCCUAUAUAUUUUAA